GUCCACACUGCAGUCACAUCAGAUACAUAUCUGAUUUAUAUCCACAUACAGAGGAGGCCUGGGUUGGAUUAGAACAAAUCAGAAUUGACCUGUUCACACUGAGAUGAAAAAAUCAAAUAUGAGUCACAGAUGGUUAAAAAAUCUGAAUUGACUUGCAGUGUGGACUACGUGGUGCUAAAUGCAGAACACUGUUGGAGCCGAAAACACCAACUAUUCUCACUGAAUCGAGCCAAAAGGUUAGAUCACUGGACAGAGCCGAACUGCCCUUUACUCGGUGGCAACCUGAACGCUUGUGAUGCCUCGUGCGCGCGCAGCUCAGAAUGCGCCUUGCACGCGCUGCUCCCCUUCAACUGUAGUCGGAAAAAUGGUGGCCAGCGCUCGAGUACAGAAGCUCCUCCGACGAUAUAAACUGGCGAUAGCGGCCGCGGUGACGAUCCUCCUGGUCCAGGGUCUGGUGGUAUGGAGCCUGAGGAGUCUGGAGGAGGGAGAGGCGGAGGUGAGCGGCGGUUCUCCCGCUUUAUUCUGACCCGACAGUGGUCAUUCAGUCGGGUUUAAUUGAAGAGCUGUUAGCUGUUAGCUCCGUGUGUGUUAUGAUACUGUAACGGUAGCUAGCUGACGGUAGCUCGGUUAGCAUCACAGGACAGAGCUACUCCCGAACCCUUCAGAUCAGCCGGUCCGGCCCAGAUUAGUCACGAACCACCUCAGUGAGACCGAACAGCACGUUAGGAUGGAUGGUACUGACUGUGAACGGAGCGGUGAUGCUCAGAGUCUCCUCUGAACCCGGUCCUCUGGAACUAAAACUGCUGGAGGAACUAUUACACUUUAUACAUGACUAACUCUUUAAAUGUGACCACAGUUUAAAUGUGACUGUAGUUUAUACAUGACUAUAGUUUUAAUGUGACUGCCGUAUAUUUGUGGCUGUAGUUUAAAUGACUUGUUAGAAUGUGACUGAUGUCUGUGGCUGUAAUUUAUAUUUGACAGCAGUACAAAUGUGACAUAAGUUUUAAUUUGUGGUUCUACUGUGACUCUAGUUUAAAAGACUGUGGUUACAGUGUGACUGUUGUAUAAAUUUAACUCAAGUUUAAAUCAAACUGUACUUAAAAUAGGACUUAAGUUUUAAUCUGACUGUAGUUUAAAUGGGACUCUUACAAAUUUAACUGACGUUUGAUUGAACUGCACUUAAAAUAUGACUUAAAUACAACUUUAGUUUUAAUGUGACUAUAUUUAAAAUGACUGCGGUUAAAAUGUAGUAUAAAAGUUUUAAUGUGACUGUAACAGACUCUUAUUUCUGCUUCUGUUUUAAAGGAGAACACUUACAGAGCGCUGAGACCUCACAGAUCAAUAACUGACAGACUGAUCAGAUCUAGAAAAUCCUUCAAACUGAGUCAGACCUGCUGUUAAAGAGUCUUUAAGUCUCUUUGAUUGUCAUCCUCAGUUCUCCUUUUUUGUCCACUUCUGCUUUUUAAAGUCAGACAGUUAAAAUCAUUUCUCCACACAGUGAACAGAUUUAAUGCUGAUCUUGAGAACGACGGUGUUUUUGUGAAGUCAUACUGACCUCUCAGUUUUCAGAAGGUUUAUUUCCCUUUCACUGAGACAAACAGGAACAUUUCCAAAAAUAUGGACAAACCAAAAACUAUGUCCACCGUCUGCCAACACUGCUCCACCCUGUAGGAAUGUUUGAACCGCUGGAUUGUAGUGAGGUGAGAAAAACAACGUCGGAUUGUUCCGAUAGAAAUCUGCAGGAGAGCGAAUUUAUGGCAGUUAGUUGAGCUUGUAAUUCACACUGACCUCCAUGUUUUCUUUACCUUCCUCCUCACAGUCGUGUCUUUUGUGGUCGACUGUAACUUGAUUUUAUUUCUACGUUUUGCUCCGGGGGGUUACCCCACUCUCUCUUUGUUGGGCAUCGGAGCCCCACUUGGGUUUCAUGGAGGUUUCUCAAACUGGGCCGCCUCCCUUUUGGGGUUUUCUGGGCACGUCUGACUGGGAGGAGGCCCCCAGAAAGACCCAGAUUAUUAUUAUUAUUAUUAUUAUUAUAAUAAUGUUCCACUGCUGGGAUGUUUGGAGCACUUUGCUCUGCCUGCUGUCUGUGGAUGAGUGGAAGAAAAUGGAUGGAUAAACACUCGUGCCUUUUAAUGUUGUUAUUAUUCAGGAAAAGGAGGUGAGUCCUGGCCCGGGUUCUGUUGGUACCUCUGGUUCUGUUGUAUGACUCAUUACAGUGUCUGUGCAGUGAUUUUAGAGGACAAGAAACAACCAUCCAGAAUAUUUCUGAUCUGUUCUCCUUGUUUUUUGUCUUCAGCUUGUUUACAGACAGUCAGGGCCUCUCUGUCUGUGACCUUUACUGACAUCGGAGUCAAACACACACACACACACGGACACACACACACACACUCAGAGGAAACAUAUCUUAGGGCUGAAGUACACACCACUCAGCCAGGUCCACGGUGGGAAGCGUAUCUCUGCUCCUCCCUCUCACACCUGUAGCUCUCCACCUGGAGGGCGUGUUCGCUCCUCUGUUCUCCCUCUGAGGAAGGACUGGGGGGGUCGUUAACAGAUGUGACCCCUGGGAGACUGUUCACACUGAUAGAUCCUCGUCAAAGCCGGCUGUAACCUGAGAGACGCUGUCUUUCAUUUCUGGUAUGACAGGUGUGUGGAGCAGUAUAAUGUCUCCCUCCUCUCAUGGAUGGGUCUCAGAUCUGUGCCUGGAGGGUGGAGCAGGCAGCAGAUGGAGUUCAGCGGCUGAUUUAGUGAGAGAAGGAAGUUUGACCCCUGAAUCAGAGAGGAGAGGAGUAGAAACAGUGAAGGAGCCCGUUUUUGUCUGAAAGUCGUUGUCUCGAACACGCUGCAGAGCGUUAGACUGUUUGGAGGUCGGGCGUCUCGCCAAACCAGCUCAGACAUCAACAUGUCGUCUGUUCUGUCACUGAUUUCUUUACCUCAGAGGGAAAACACGAGCUGACUCUUGAUUCUGAGUUCCUGUAGUUCAUGAGGAGCCGCAGAGCGUCGUCUCCUGCAGCAGUGAGAAGUUAAAAAAAAGACUCCAGACUGACUCAAGACCGUGACUUUAAUGUGAGUUAAAGGUGUUGUAGUCUGGAUCUGAGGAAGUUCCAGUUUUUAGGAGAAAUCUUGAAUGUAAACUCUACCCCUCCCAACCAGUUUUCCCCUCAGCUCCUCCUCUCCCCUCAAGCCCCGCCCACAAACAGACGCUCCUGCUCGCUUGUAUCGUUCCAGUUAAAUUCAGCUAUAAUGCAGAUAAAUCCUUCAGAUCAUUACAAAUGGGGCCCAGUCAAGGUGAAAGUCAAAAGCAUUGGUGCUACUGUAGAUGCCAACAGACUACCAGCAAACACAAUGUUUGCAGGACUUCUACAACGAGGAUAAAGUGACAUAGUCCAGGACCCGAGGGAGGACAGUUUAGCGAUGGCGCUACAACACGCUACAGCAGGUCCGUUUGACAAGAAACACUUCUGUUACAGACACUUGUCUUACUUUGUUAAAGCGGUUUACCUGUCCAGCAGAAAGGUUACAGGGUCACCAAGAUCCCCAAGCGUCCCCCAUGGUUUAUGUUGACCCGGCUUUUUAGCUCUUGUCCGGUCUACCUCCGUUUUAAGCGCCCGUUAUUCCUCCAGAGUCUCCGGUAUUUACUUUGUUUUCUUGCUUGUGUCGGCAGUCGUGGCCAAAGGAGGAUUCGGACAAUUUUCCGAACUUUCUGGUUGGUUUCUACUGUCCGAUAUUGUAGCACGCUAACUUUGUUUGGGCUCACCGCAGUUUUUACGGCUCUGCCCCAUCCAGACCACCCUGACACCCGGUCCUCAGUAGGACCAUGGUCCUGGUUCUUAGAUGUGACUGGUCGUUUCCUCUGUAUGAACUCAGGUCUGUUUCCCUUCGACUCGCUUCAGUGUGACACGAUGACAAAACAGGAAACGCCACUUUCCUGAUUUGGCGGCGGCGUGCUCCUCCUGACCUCUCUCACCUGUAUCAGCCUGCAGGCUUUCUGCUGCCUCAGCAGGUGGAUUCAGGCUGUAACUUGCUUCAGCUGUGAGGAAUGUUUGGUGACUGAUGUUGGUGACUGACUGAUGUUCACCAUCAGCCUGUAAGGACCGCCUCUGUGAUCCGUCCGCCACAGAAACAUCCGACAAGAUCUGAGUCUGGGCUUCAUGAAUGAUUCAGAGCCGGUCUCUCAAAGUCCCCGUGUGGCUCCAGGCUGCUGCUCAGAGCGCACGCCAGCCCGAGGAUGUUGGCAGACGUCUAUGCAAAUGUCAGCUCACGGGGGUCUGUGCGUGUUUGCAGAGUCACCGAAUCAGAUUUCAGGCUGAAGAAUGUACAUGAAUCAUCGUGGAGCUCUGAACGCUGCGUGUUCAGUCAGAGAGGAUCAGCAACAUGAUCGAGUGUCUGGAUUCCUCUGUGGUCGGAGCGCUCGCUGACAUCUCCUGUGCCGUGCAUGUGUGAACACAGCCUCAUGUGAUGUGUUAAAGGCUGGCGCAGACCGGGGAGGGGGCGGAUUAGGACGACAGGAGAAGAAGAAGAAGAAGAAGAAGAAGAAGAAGAAGAAGAAGAAGAAGAAGAAGAAGAAGAAGAAGAAGAAGAAGAAGAAGAAGAAGAAGAAGAAGAAGAAGAAGAAGAAGAAGAAGAAGAAGAAGAAGAAGAAGAAGAAGAAGAAGAAGAGUCCGUCAGCCUCUCUGAGCGGAGAGUCGCUGCUGCUGCUGCUGACUCCCACCUCAGCAGAUGGCGAGGCUGAUACGGUUUCACUCAAGUUUAAUUGGACAGUAAAGAGGCGGUCUCGGCUCGCCUUUGAAUCAAUCCGUUUUUGUUAAUUAAAGGCGUGAAAAGACCUGAUAAGGAAAAUGGAAAUAUUAGCCGUCCUGCUGCUGCUGCUGCUGCUGCUGCGCUCUGGUUCAUCCUUCUGUAUCCACAAAAGACGCACUUCUCCUCCUCCUCCUCCUCCUCCUUCUCCUCCUCCUCGGCCACCCUACAAAGAAAAAGUGAAAUAUUCAGAGAUUCACAAAAGU